AUGUCAAUAUUUACUUUCAUUCGCAAAUGUAUUUUAACAUAUUAUUUCCCUACAACUCUCUCCCGCCUUCUACUUUCCUAUUCUUUCACCCCCUCCUUCUUCUCCUCAUCCUCUUUCUACAAUUCCAUCACUCCUCCUCGCUUACUAUUCCUUCUACUCCUCUUGCUACAACCCUCUCUUCCAUCCAUUCUUCUUAUUCUUUCUCCGCCUCCUUCCUAUAACUCUUUCACAUGCUCCCUUCCUAUUCUUUCUCUUCCCUUCAUCUUUCAAUUCUUUCCCUCUCCUUCUCUUCUAUUCUUUCGCUUCUUCCUCUUCCUACAACUUCCUCCCCCUUUCCUAUUCUUUCUCUUCCUCCUAUUACUACAACUCUCCUGUAUCCUUCUUUUCUACUCUUUCCUUUGCUCUUUUUCCUGCUUUUCUAUUUUCUUCCCCUCCUCUUCCUACAACACUCUCCCGCUUGCUUCUUUCCUAUUAUUUCGCCUCUUCCUCUUCCUACAACUCUCUCCCGCCUCCUCAUUUUCUAAUCUUUCUCCUCCUACUUCUCUUUCUACAACCCUCUAUCCUUCCUCCCUUUCUAUUUGUUUUUAUCCUCUUCCUACAAGUUGA